ACUUAAGGGAGCUAGACAAAGCGUCUUUUUACCGGUGCAUUAAUAUAAUAUAUAUAUUAAUACAUAUAUAUAUAUACUUGUACACACAUAUAUAAAUAUAUAUAUAUUUAAUAACAAUAUAUAAAUAAAAUUCAAUGAUGGCUGAUCAAGUUUACCGAGCAAGUGUUCAUAAAUAAAAUAUAAAAUAUUAAAUAAAUUGUUAUAUAUUAAAUAUAUGACAGAAUAAGUUAUAAAAAUAUAUAUAGUUAAUAAAAAUAUAUAAAAGUGAAUGGUAAAAUAAAUAAUAAAAGUUUAAAAGGAGAACUGAUGGCGUGAACGCCCAGGUGAAUACUCAAUGUCAUUGUGUCUGUAUUUAUUUUAAGUAUAUAUAUAUUUUAAAAUUUGAUAAAUAAGUUAAUUGUUAACAAGUGUCAGAUACUGUAGAGUAUGGAGAUGUAAUUAGCUGGGGUAAUUGUUACAGAUUAAAUAAUAUCGGGUGGGGAUCUGGAGAUUAUCUGGAGGUCGGAGGUGAAUGUGAAUGUCGGUAUCGGGAAAGAAAGUCGGAAGGAAGAGUAAAUUUUAAGUUUUAAACUCGUAUGCUGAUACAUUUAUUACAGAGACCUUGUAGAUACUAUGGUCUAGUUAACAGUUGGUGCUUGUAAUUAUUUUGUUCCUGUUGAUUAUUUAUAAAUAUUUAUUUUAUUUACUAAGGAAUAAUAUUUGUUAAUUAAAAUGGCGAAUUCGCUAACGUGGUCGUGCAGUUGUUGUUUGAGAUUUAAAUUUAGUCCUGAAGAAAUUGAACAGAGGUACAAGAGCCAGGAAAUAGAUCGGAUGCUGGAAAAAGAUCGACAAACAUUUAGACGACAGGUUAAAUUGUUAUUGCUUGGUGCUGGUGAAAGUGGUAAAUCAACAUUUCUUAAACAGAUGCGAAUUAUUCAUGGAAUUAAAUUUGAGCCAGAGCUAAUUAAGGAGUACCAGCAUGUUAUCUACCAAAACAUAAUAAAAGGAAUGAAGGUGCUGGUGGACGCAAGAGACAAACUUAAUAUACCAUGGGAAAACCCGAACAAUUAUGACAUCGGCUAUCAGUUAUUGAAAAUUGAAAAUACAAUGAUUUUAGAUGCGAGAUUAUUUCUUUAUUACGUCCCCUCAUUGUACAGUUUGUGGCGGGACGGGUCGAUCAGAAAAGCUUUUGAUAGAAGAAGAGAAUUUCAAUUGAGUGAUUCCGUUCAAUAUUUUUUGGAUAAUCUUGAAAGAAUUUCACGAGCGGAUUACAUGCCGACACAUCAAGAUAUACUUCAUUGUAGAAAAGCAACAAAAGGAAUAUCAGAAUUUGUAAUACCGAUAAAUAAUAUACCAUUUUUAUUUGUCGAUGUCGGUGGUCAAAGAUCACAAAGACAAAAGUGGUAUCAGUGCUUCGAUUGUGUAACAUCAAUACUUUUUCUAGUAUCGACAUCUGAAUUCGACCAGGUUUUAUUAGAAGACAGAAGAACAAAUCGUCUUGAAGAAUCUCGGAAUAUAUUUGAUACAAUUGUCAACAAUAUGAUAUUUGGUGGCGUAUCAAUAAUACUAUUUCUCAAUAAAACAGAUUUACUCGACAAAAAAGUAAGAUCGCCGGAUACUAAUUUGUGCUGGUAUUUUCCACAAUUCAAUGGCGAUUCACAUUCCAUGAAAGAUGUACAGAAUUUUAUAUUGGAUAUGUUUAUAUCUGUGAAAAGGGACCCGCGUAAACCGUUAUUCCAUCAUUUUACAACAGCCGUUGACACUGAAAAUAUAAAAGUUGUUUUUAAUGCUGUUAAGGAUACAAUAUUACAUCGUAAUUUAGAAUCAUUGAUGCUUCAGUAAUUAAUUAAUUAAGGGCAUUCUCAGACAGUUCCCCCAUUUUUUUAAAAUACUCAAUGACUUUCGUCUGUCAAUUUUAUUAAUUAAUUGAAAAAAGGGAAGAGGUUGUAAAACUUUUAUGGAAAUUUAAUUUGAUUUAGUUUGAAUUCUAAUUGACAUCAAGUGAAAGUCAUUUUUAACUUAGAGGUAAGAGAUCCAGUACCUGAUCAAGGAACUACUACUCGAUCACUUCAUAUAUUUGUAUAUUAUUAUUUAGUAAAUAUUUUUACAAAUAUAUAAAUUAUCGAGUACUAAAAUCCUGGUCGGGUAUUAGGACGCUUAUCUUAGAGUUAAAAAAAAUUACACUUGACAUCAAUUGGGAAUUUAAAUUUAUUCAACUCCUAAUUGAUGAUAAUUGUCAUUUUUUUAAAUCUAAAUUUUUGCGACAAUUGUAAUCAUGUUGACUUUUUUUUCAAUUAACGUUUUAAUUUUUUUUUUAAUUAAGAAAAUUUUGGCAGCACGUCAUUGAAUAUUUUUAAAAAGUAGGAGAGAAUUGUCUGAGAAUGUCUUUGAUUUAAAAAAAAAUAACUAAAUGUUUAAUAGUUAAAUUUUAAGUUUUAUUUAUUUAUUUUAUUUUUUUUUUAAUUUUAUUAAUCGAUAAUUAAGAAAAAAAUUUAUUUUUUAAUCAUUAUUUAUUUAAUUAAUUUACUUUUUUUAAUGAAAUAUACAUAAGCUUAAAGUAGGCAUGAAAAUAAGCAAUAAGAUGUUAAAUGUAUACGUAUUAAUGAAUUUACUACAUUCAUUAUACAUCAGCCAUAAAAAAUCUUCCAAUUUAAAUGUUUUUUGAUAAACUAUUUUGGAUACAAGCAGAAGUACGUUUGUAAAUAAUUAAUCAUUUUUAUACGAUUAUGAUAAUAAUUAUUUUUUAUUAUUAUGAUAAAUUUUUUAGAUAGUGUAUAUAUACAUAUAUAUUUAUAUAUUAUUAUAAUAUUUAUAUUUAUACAGAACAAAAGACUAUUUGAAAUUGAUAGGCUUGGAUAUUAAAUCGUCUUAAUAAUUACAGUUUGGGGAAGUUUAUUUUAAUUAAAAAAAUUUAUUUUAACUUUUUAAUUACUGAAGUGUGCGACUAAUUACUAUUUAUUAAUUAUUUUAAUCGAAUUUAAUAACAAUUAUAAUUUGUAAAAUUCAAAUUUUUUUAAAUAACUUUUGCUCGAGUGUCAAAAUUUAAUUAUAAAUUUAUUAAUUAAUUUUAAACUACACUGAUAAUAAAUUGGCGGGAAAAAAUUUUAAAUAACGAUUUAUUUUUCUAAUGACAAUUAAUUAGUAAUAUUUCCCAUAAAGAAAAACAUUUUUGAAAAAAGGUUAAAAACGGCAAUCUUUUGGAUUUGAUUACUAAUUUAAUUUAUCACUUCCGGUCCUCCAAAAAAUCAUUAACACAAUUAUUUAUAAUUAUAUAAUAAAUUAAUUAAAAUAAAGAAUUCAAAAUCCGAAGUUAAUUUUUUGAAUUCAAUUGAAUGUUUAAAAAUUUUAAAUUCUUUGGCGCCAAAAUAAUUCGAUUAAAAUAUUAAUAAUAAACGCACAUCUCUGAUUGUUAAAAUAAAUGGAAGCACGUUUUGUCUUAAUGAUUAAUUAAUAAUUAAUUUGUUUUGUUAAAAUAAGACAAGCCAAAUACUAGAGUCAUGCCAUACGAACCAAAUUAAAGAGCUAACCAGUUUGUGUUCAAAUUGCAGCUUAAAUUUAUUUUAUUAUUGCUGUUAAUUAACAUUAUUAACAUUAUCAUUGUCACAUAAUUAAUAAUGCCGAUUGUUAUUUAUUAACUUUAAUUAUGAAUGGUUGGUAAUUUUAAUUGUUGGAAAUAAUUACUGGAAAUAAUUACACUAUGCUACUCAGUAUAUAAAAAAAAUAUUAUUAUUAUUAUUAUUAAUAUUUAUUAAAUUAAAUUAAAAUAAUAAAACUGUUAAUCAGUAUUACAGUAUUCCGUUCAAUUAAUCGUUAAUUAAUAAUUUAUCAAUUCAUUUACUAAUUUAUUGUUUUUAAAUACCGGGUGCAUUGAUUUUAAAUAUUUUAAAUGGAGGUACAACAAAUGUUAAUUAUUUAUUCACAAAAUAUUAUAAUUCAAUUAAUGAAUUUGUUUAUUUAUUAUUUAUUAUUAUUAUAAUUAUUUUUAUUAUUAUAAUAAAUAAAAUAUAAGCAAUAUGAUAAUGGAUUAAUAAAAUAAAUUAAAAUUUUUUAAAGCCAAAGAUCAAUUCGCGGUUUAAAAUAUUAGAGAAUUAAAAUAAUUAGCGCUCACCUGAAGCUUAAACGCCUUAUAUAAUUAUGAUAUGUGUGUUAUUAAUAAAGUUAAGGAAUUAAAACAAUAAUUAAGUAAUGCAAUAAAAAAAAUUGAAACUCAAACGAACAAACACUCGUGUAAAAAAUUUUUUACAAAAAUUUGACAUGUGGAAUUUCUAGACUUGAGACAGAUUUGAAUUUUGAACGGAACUUUUUUUUUAAAUUUUGUAAUUUUGAUAGUAAAAAAAAAUUUAUCUAGAAUUUUAUGAGCAAAUUUUGAUAAAAAAAAAAAAUAAUUUUUACUACAUUUUACUCGCCUUGUGAAAAAGUUCAAAAACAAGUUUUGAACUUUUUUUUAUUCUUAUGGGGCUUGAAGUUUUUAAUAGAAAAUUUUUUGAAACGAGGGUAAAAUUUAAUAAAAUUUAUUUUAUUUUUUUACUCAAAAUUCGUUUAUAUAAAAUUCUAAAUAAAUUUUUUGUUACUAUAAAAAUUACAAAACUCAAAAAAAUUUCAACUCAAAGUUCAAAUGUCUCAAGUCUAUAAGAUUCAAAUGUCAAAUUUUUUGUGAAUGAAUAUUUUUUACGCGAAGCAUCAUGUGAUGUCAUUUAAAAAAAAAAAAAUUGAAUUUACAUACGUAGAAAUUAAUAAAUAUAUAAAUUCGUCCAAAUAUUAUUAUCGUAUUUUUUGAAUAUUUAUUACAUUCCUAUGUAAUUAC